GCAUGUUGUGUUCAUGUAUUAAGGUAUUUGUUUAAACUCUGAACAGUUUAAAAACUCUGUUUUUAAACGUGCUUUACAAUUUAAAAUGGAUCACUGACGGAUGAUACAGACGCAGCUCUUCUCGUUACUCUAGAAAUCAAAGGCGACAGCAGUAUUUUAGAGCAAAGGAGGCGAUUCGCUGACGGGAGGCUCUGCUAUUGGUUUACUGCAGGGGUGAUGACACUGAAGAGACCGCAUUCAUACUUUAAAAGCUCAUUCAAUGCUCGGUGUGCACCGUUAUCUUAUUGCAGCGCUGAGAGAAGCCCGUGAGAGAGACAUCACUGAACCAUGAGUGAGAGGCAAGGAUCCGGAGCAACAGGUGGCAAUAGCAAAACCUCUGGGACACAAGAUGCUUCCAAGAAAGACAUCCCAGAGGAAAUUGACAUUGACAUGGAUGCCCCGGAAACCGAGAAGGCAGCUGUCGCCAUUCAAUCGCAAUUCAGAAAGUUCCAGAAGAAGAAAAACGAUGAAAAAUAGUAGCUGCCAGCGGACUGCUCUGUCUGUAUGGCCACAGCAGUAUGACACGGUUUGAUGUUGCAUGUAACUGAAUACAUUCUGUAUGGACUCAAGGGAGGAUGGGGUGGAGAAGUUGAUCACUGAUAUAUGUAAUUCCAUAAAAUAGCAAAUAAUUUACAGCUGUAACUGUGAAUUAGAUCAAUAGAUUUUUUUCUUUACUUUAGCCAAGUAUUAUUCACAUACCUUUACCUCAAAGAUUUGAAGCGUAAACCAAUGAUGUACAUUUCAGAUCUGUUCUUUUCUGUGAAAUCACAAAAUCUUUUCAUUUUGAGUUGCUUAAAAUGAUUUUAGUCCGAAACUAUUUGUUAAACGGUGUGUGUUAUAUGUUUCAGAAUAUAGUUUUGUUUCAGUCAUUAUCAGUGGAGAUCUAUAAAUAGUUUAUCUUUUGAAACCAAUGUCAUUGAAUCAUUUCUAGCUUAUCUUCCCAAUUCUUGCCAUGUUCACUUCACAGUUGAAUUUCAUAAUAGGUGAAAUGACUUUAGGCAAGUUUUGUCUGGUUUGCUUUGGUCAAACAUUUUUUUUCUUCCUUUGCAAAACAUCAUGGUACCAUAGUUAUUCAUUUCAGACUCUGUCUCAUUCAACAACUAUAAAUAUGUAUCUGAAAGUUAACAUUGUAUUUUAAUUAAAACUAAUCUCAAAGCUGGAUCAUUAAGUUACAUUCUGGAUUUUAUUUGUCUUUGCAUUGGCAGAUGUGGUAUUUGACACAGGCCUUGUUCAUACCUUGCAAUAAGAUCUGGUACAGGUGAUCUGUAAGGACAGCUCUAAAUGCAAAAAGAGUUACAAUUGCAAUGACAGUGUGGUAACAUUAUUUUCUAUUGGCUGAAAAACAGUUACUCCUCUAGAAAGAAAGUUUACUGUCAAAAAAGUAGAGCAACGUAUCACCUACAAUGAUGUAGACUUUGAAUGUUCAACAUAUUAUUUUUAGAUACUUGACAUAGUUUUCCAAUGCAGUGUUGAAUGGAAUUUGUUCAUGUUAAUUCAACAUACUGAAAAACAAUUAUUCAAAGUCACUAAAUAAAGGAAUAAAGUGACUUUAUGUG